CAGAGAGAUACGGAGAGAGAUUGACAGACAGAGAGAGAGAGAGAAACUAGAGGAGCAGAGAGCGAGAGAGAGAAAGAGCGAGAGAGGGAGGGCGAUGACGACUAGAAUAGCUCCGGGCGUCGGAGCGAACCUGCUCGGCCAACACUCCGCCGAGAGGAACCAAGACGCCACCGCCUACGUCGGCAAUCUCGAUCCUCAGAUAACUGAAGAGUUACUCUGGGAGUUGUUUGUUCAAGCAGGCCCUGUUGUAAAUGUGUAUGUUCCCAAAGAUAGAGUCACCAAUCUUCAUCAAGGAUAUGGCUUUGUGGAAUUCCGAAGCGAGGACGAUGCAGAUUAUGCAAUAAAAGUUCUGAAUAUGAUUAAACUUUAUGGGAAGCCAAUAAGAGUGAAUAAGGCGUCUCAAGAUAAAAAGAGCUUGGAUGUUGGAGCUAACCUUUUUGUGGGAAACCUUGAUCCUGAUGUGGAUGAGAAACUUUUGUAUGAUACUUUCAGUGCAUUUGGAGUCAUUGUUACAAAUCCCAAGAUAAUGAGAGAUCCUGAGACAGGGAAUUCCCGUGGUUUUGGUUUUAUUAGCUAUGAUUCUUUCGAUGCAUCCGAUGCAGCAAUAGAGGCAAUGAAUGGCCAAUAUCUCUGCAACCGACAGAUAACAGUAUCCUAUGCAUACAAGAAAGACACGAAAGGGGAGCGUCAUGGUACCCCAGCAGAGAGAGUGUUGGCUGCCAGCAAUCCCGGUACCCAGAGAAGUAGGCCGCACACCUUGUUUGCAAGUGGGCCUCCUACGCUUCCGAAUGCUCCUCAGGCCAACGGUACCAUGGGCACUCCAAUUCCUAUGCGCCCAUUUGCUAACGGCACUGUUCCUCCACCACCAAUUACACCACUUCGGGCCCCCCCACAGGGUGGUGUUUUCCCACCCAUGCCAAUGCCUGGACCACCAUCUUGGCAAGGGCAGCCACAGCAACCAGGUCAACAUAUGCCACCACCGCCUCUUCAGCAGUUUAGGCCACCACCGCCGAACAUGCCACCACCACCUCCACAAGCAGCUCCGGCAUUUGCGAGGCAACCUCCACCUCCAACUGGAAUGGCAGCCCCUCCACCUGUUUGGCGACCUCCACCACCGCCACAGCAGCUGGCUGGGAGGCCCCAUUUUAUGCCACAGAUGUCAAUGCCACCACCUCCCCCUCUCAAUGCUCCUCCACCACCGCCACCAUCAAGUUGAAAGUUGAUCCAAAAGAGUAAGCUCUAAAUGUUUUGGACAUUUUUCUGUUUAUUGUCUCAAUUGUAGGUUUUCUUUUGAUUUCUCAGUUUGGAUUAUACAGAUUGUAAAAUGUGUCUGAAUCCUUUAGUUUUUAUUGACGUAAAAAAUGACAGGCAGCAGAGAUUAGCUUUUGUAUUGAUUUUGAAGCUGCUGCAAACUUUUUCUUUCAAUCAUUCAACUAAUGGAUUUUGUUCAAUGAAACCGUAACACAUUA